CAUUUGCUACUGAUACCACGCGUUGCUAGCAACCAAUUCCACUAGCUCUCAUUCCCUUUAGCUGUUUGAUCUUCACUUCGUUUCAGAAUAUUUAGUAUCAAUGUGUGAUUUUGUAUGUGCCUGUGUAUCUAAGCUGUGAUACAGAGAAUACACACACAGUUAAAUUGAUCGCAGAUCCCUAAACGCGCUCAGUGAGACAUUAUUUGUUGUGCAGUACGGUACUCGGUUACUUGACGCAAUUACAUUCGAACCCCUGCGCAUGCGUAAAUGGGCAUAAAUACGAGUACUUGAUCAAUUUGUGGACUAAAUUAUGUAUUGAGUAUAUUUUGAAAAGUGAUCAAUCACAGUGAUAAACAAAUUUAAAGUGGUUCAGUGGGAAAAUUUACGUACAAAAAUUAAAAACCGCCAAAAUGGUUUUGUUGUGUGUACGAGAAUAUCUGUUAUUGUGGUUUUUGCUAAUGCUAACUGCAAUGACCAGUAGCGCUAAAAAUACACAUUUAAAUCAGCGCAAACCUAAUCAUCCUCGCUAUUUAAGUCGUCAACAAAAAAGUGCGCUUGCCCGCCAAUUACUCCUCGUUGAUGGAUUGCAGGUGGAAUUAGAGGGCUAUUUCGACGUAGUAGAACAACCAGAACAAUUUAUUGAAAUCGAUACGCAAAUGGCGCCAGAAACCAAAGGCAAACACGGCGCCAUUGAACCGACUCAUCUAAAACAUUUGCUUGAUAUCGCCGCCGCUGAGUCGGAGAUGUCAGCCGCCAUAGCAGGCGGCGACGAGGAGGCGAAACAAGUCUGGAGUCGCGCCAACGCAAAUCGGCCGGCCUUCCUUUUCGACCGCGGCGCUUUGUCGAAAAUACAAUCGAAUACAAAAAGUAUAAACACCGAUGAUGGUGGAAAUUUUUUCUACGAACGCAACAUUAUUACCGAAGCGCCGGGAGUAUCGUUGGCAAAGCUUAAAGCAGGCCGCCAACAAAAGAACACAAUGAAGGGAGACGACACAAGCGGCAUCCCACGCCAGCGGCUACAGAGCUUGGCAUUUCGAAGGCGCCUAUUUAAACAGCUUAAAGGCAGAAGGAUGCCGGUGCACCAAAAGAAGCUUCACAAGCGACGUAUUUUCCAAUCUCCCAGUGAAGCGAAAAGCAGGUAAACAAGUUCUGCACUACAGAUCUAAUGCUAAGCAUAACCCAAAUCCAGAUUCAUUCAACCACAUCAUAAAUACUCCAUUUUUAAAUUUAGAGUCCCGUACACGGCGUGCAGUUACCGCUAAAAAGGAGCGCAUCUGGGAUUAUGGUGUUAUACCAUAUACCAUCGACGAGAUAUUCAGCGGGGUGCACAAAGCGCUCUUCAUGAGAGCCAUGCGCCAUUGGGAAAAUUCCACAUGCAUUAAAUUUGUAGAACGCGAUCCGAAAAUACAUCAUAAUUACAUACAUUUCACGGUUAAGAAUUGUGGUUGUUGUUCGUUCGUGGGCAAGCGUGGUUCCGGACGACAGGCUAUUUCGAUCGGUCGCAACUGUGAGAAAUUUGGGAUUGUCGUGCAUGAAUUGGGACAUGUUAUAGGUUUUUGGCACGAACACACGCGCACCGACCGAGAUAAGCAUAUAACCAUUAAUAAGGAGAAUAUAAUGAAGGGGCAGGAGUAUAAUUUUGAUGUACUUUCACCGGAAGAUGUUGACUCCCUGGGUCUGCCAUAUGACUAUAAUUCAAUUAUGCAUUACGCAAAAAAUACCUUUGCCAAAAAUGUUUAUUUGGAAACAAUACAGCCGAUAGGCUUAUCGAAAUCCCCACAUAUUGAGAUCGGUCAAAGAUUACAUUUGAGUCCAGGGGAUAUAACUAAGGCGAAUCGAUUGUAUAAGUGCACCAGUUGUGGACGAACAUUUCAAGAAAAUUCUGGAGAGAUAGUCUCACCACAUUAUGAAUACUCACCAUUUUCGGCGAUACAGGUCAGUAAUAUGAUUGAAGAUAGUGGCAGUGGUGAUUACGAGGUCAGUGAUUUUGACAAAUCUCUUGAGAAAUGCGAAUGGCGUAUCACAGCAACAAAUGGGGAGCGGAUCAUUUUGCAAAUUCACCAAGUGCAUCUUCUUCAGUCCACUGACUGUUCUGUGGAUUAUUUAGAAAUACGCGACGGCUAUUGGUAUAAAUCUCCUGUUAUUAAGCGACUAUGCGGCAAUGUCACGGAGGAAACGGUUAAGAGCAGCUCCAGUCGAAUGCUCAUCAAUUAUGUCAAUCACCAUGCGAUUAAAGGGUUUCGUGGAUUUUCUGCUGAUUUUGAGGUUACAUGUGGUGGCGAUAUUUUUCUCACCGAAAAUAGGCGUAUCGACUCCCCCAAUUACCCUCUGGAAUAUCUUGCGGACCGAGAAUGCAUUUGGCGUAUAUCAGUGCCGGAGAACCGCCAAGUCGCGCUGAAAUUUCAGUCAUUCGAAUUGGAAAAUCAUGAUAACUGUGCUUACGAUUAUAUGGAAAUACGCGAUGGCAAUGACGUUGGUUCUCAAUUAAUUGGCAUUUACUGUGGAUAUAUUUUGCCACCGAAUAUCAAGUCCAAUUCAAACCACAUGUACGUAAAAUUUGUUUCCGAUGGUUCGGUCCAAAAAGUUGGCUUCUCUGCAGUCUUCCUACAGGAGUUGGAUGAAUGCAAAUUUACCAACCAUGGCUGUCAACACGAAUGCAUCAAUACUUUGGGGAGCUAUCAGUGUGCUUGCUUUGCUGGCUAUGAGCUGCAAGUCGAUGGAAGAACUUGCGAAGAUGCAUGCGGUGGCAUUAUCAAUGCCUCUACUCCCAAUGGCUCACUGCAUUCACCAUCAUAUCCGGAUGUGUAUCCCAUAUCGAAAGAGUGUGUUUGGGAGGUGGUAGCACCACCCAAUCAUGCAGUCUUCCUUAAUUUUACACACUUCGAUUUGGAAGGCACGAAAUAUCAAUACACUGAAUGUAACUACGAUUACUUAUUGGCAUACUCUAAGUUACGUGAUAGUCGUCUAAAGAAAAUCGGUAUUUACUGCGGUCAACAGCUGCCUCCAGUUUUGAAAUCCGAACAUAAUAUAAUGCGAUUGGAAUUCUAUUCAGACAAAAACAUUCAACGGACCGGCUUUACGGCCAAUAUAAUAAUUGACUUCGACGAGUGCACCGUUGACAAUGGAGGCUGUCAACAUCAUUGCCUUAAUACAUUUGGUUCAUACAAGUGCAGCUGCCGUAAUGGAUACACUGUCCACGAGAACCAACAUAAUUGCACCGAGACCAAAUGUAAAUUUGAAGUCACCAGCCACAAGGGAACCAUUUACAGCCCCAACUUCCCAAACGAUUAUCCACGUAACACAUACUGCUUUUGGCACUUCCGCACCGUUUUAGGCCACCGAGUGCAGUUGACAUUUCACGAAUUCGAAAUGGAAAAUCAUCAGGAAUGCUUUUACGAUUAUGUCGCCUUAUAUGACGGUAAAUCAGAGAACAGCUCGACAUUAGGCAUAUACUGUGGAGGACAUGAGCCAUAUGCAGUGGUGGCAUCCACAAAUGAAAUGUUUAUGGUCCUUUGGACUGAUGCGUCACUGCAGCGUAAAGGAUUUCGAGCGACAUAUUCAACAGAAUGCGGUGGCUACUUGCGAGCAACAAAUGAAACGCAAGUCUUUUAUUCACAUCCACGCUAUGGAAGUCGGGUCUACAAUCGGCACAUGUAUUGUAAUUGGCGUAUACAAGCUGAUUCUGAGAGUAGUGUUCAAAUAAAGUUUUUGCACUUUGAAAUCGAAUAUUCGGAUCGAUGCGAAUACGAUGCGGUGGAAAUAAGAGAAGAAAUCUUUGAAGAGAAGUAUAUGAGGAACAGCAAUCAUGGACGUUAUUGUGGCAAUAGGAAACCACCCCCAAUAACAUCAUAUACCGAUACCUUACUUAUGAGAUUUCAAACGGAUGGCAGUACUUCUUUGCGUGGUUUCGCUGUUUCUUUUGUUGCCGUGGAACCCCCGGAUGAGGAUCUUAUAGACGAUUUAGAUGCAGUUACACCUUUUCCUGGCUACAUGCGCAGUGUGUACUAUGCCUCAGAUACAGGCGGCGAUUUCGAUGACUAAUAUGUGGGAUUAUAGAGUGCAUAUGCAUGAUUUGUUUCUUUGUUACAAUUACUGAUUAAUUUAUACGUUAAUUAAAAAUCAAUAAAUUUAGUUUAGUAAUUAUGUAUAUUUAUAUUCACUUAAAUAUAUAUAUAUAUAUAGACAUCAUCAUAUCAAUCUAUGUAAUACUAAGAUAAGAGUCUCAGAAGAUUUCACUACUAAAAAUAUUUUGAAUUUGGUAAUUAAAUUAUAUUUAUAUUUGCAUCUGUAAAUAACGUUUAUAAAGCUAAAUUGUUGGUUGAAGAGUUACAAGUUGUUCCUGAUUAACUAUCUUCAGGAAUUAAACGCCUGAGCAAAUUUUUAUUAGCCACAAGGCGUUUUGCUGAUUUAUAAGUUCUAACUACAGGUGUUCUGUUUUUAUGGCAUUACAAAGGACAGUAGUCCAAGUGCGAUCUUUGGAUCAACCAUCAAACCUAAACUAAAACUGUCUUCAGUACUUCUACUUGUACUUAAGUUUUGUUUUUGUAAAAUGUCGUUUGAUGAGAAACUUAUAAAGUAGUUCAAGAUGUAUGAAAUUCAAAGUUAUGUGAGUUGAGAUUGUUGCUAAUGUAAAAUUAACAUGAGAAUAUCCGAUCCCCGGUCUUCGUUCGUCAUUUAAGUCCCACCUACCGCAUGCCUAAGUAUGACAUAUGUAUGUUUAUGGAAGCUUGUAUUGACUAUAUAAAAUAGGUAUAUUACAAUUAACUUACUGUGUAUGAGUACUAAUAGUGGAUGGAAUCGGUCCACGUUAUGUUUUCCUUCAUAUACAGAAUAUAAUUGUUCCGUCCUUUUAUGUAUGUAUAUCACGACUUACUCGAGCUCACAUAUACUUUAAUUUAUACUUUUAAUUAUACUUAUAUUAAUAAAUAAGCGUAUUGAGCUUUAUAUAUAAUAGUGAUUUAAAGUAAAAAUGGAUUGGAAAGGUGUUCACAUCUUUCUGUAACUUCCGUUUAUCGAAUACCUUAUACUGAUAUCGAUCAGCCCGCAAGUAAAAUAGUCAAUAGUAGCCACAGCUUAAAUUUUGACUGAAUCGAAGUAAAUCAAGAUUCAAUUUCGCAAAAUCAAUUAAACGCAUUAACAAAUAAAAAUCAUAAGUUCUUUUUGCGAAAUUAUCGAAUCAGGAAAUGUUUAUCCUAAAAUUAGAAUUAACAUUAAUAUAAUUUUAUGCUAAAAAUACUAUGAAUUGGAAAUAAAGUCACUUCUUUUGAUUUGAAGUUCGGAUGAUA